UUAUUUAAUAAAUAAAAAGAGUGUUAACGCAUUCAAAAGAUACAGAAUUUAUAGGACAAAAUAAAUAUAGAAGUUAUAAAGGAAUCAUUCAUAACUAUUUAUCACGCAAAAUUGUAUGAAAAAUUUGACCCGUUUCUCUCGAAAAUUUCUUUGGAGACACUCUAUCUAUAUAAUCUAAGAUAGAGGUAUAUAAUAAUAAUUUAUGGCGUGUGCUAUGUAGUUUGUUUCAACAGAAUUUAAUGGAAAUGUAAACAAACAAAUAAUUGACUCGAAUAUAAAACAUUUUGCUGAUGUCUAAUAGUAGUACAAAUAAAUGAUUCGAUUUGUUACUAAUUUAAUUUAGAAAGUAUUUCUGUCAUAAUUUCAGUUAAGAUUAGAUAGUGGCCUAGUUUCAAUUACCAAAGUUGACUAUAUAUAUAUAGUUAACCUCCACGCGGCCGGACGUAAAAAUAAAAGCCAAAUCUGUUUGUAAUAUGGAUAAAAACAUGUUACGCCGACCCCAAAUAAUAAUUGGGAUAAGGGUAGGAAGAUGAUGAUGAGGCAACCUCCACGUGGUCCUCCCUGGAAAUCAUCAAUCAUACAAUAAAUAAUAUUGUAAAUAUGAAAAUUUGUAAAGAUAAAUACGAAAAUCAGCAAUAAUAUACACAGGUUAACUAUAAUCAGGUUAGAGCUAGUAUUGCUAGUUAAAGAAAAUAUGCAGUAUUAUUUUCCUGAAACUAAUGCUUGAUCGUUUAUUCACCGCACAUCGAUUUGAUUCCAGCAUAAACAACAAUAAUGUUCCGUACGAUCUGUGAUACAUUCACACUGCAGUACAUUGAUUGUACAGUAUAAAAAUUUUAAUCUAGAGAAUGAAGAGAGAAAGUAUUGGAUGCUGUGUGAUAGCUGACUAUCGGCUUCAUGAGGGAUAUUCAACCUGCGUUGACCGAAUGCGCGGGGGAACGAACGCAGAAGAGCUCGUGUGGUAAGUCGCAGUCGCCGUUUCGCACGGCACGCGACCGCUCGUCAAAUAAAUUGUAAACUGACAACAAUUCGCGAUCGAACUGUUCACACGACACCCUGAGAAAGUGACCCAUAAUAGGCCUUAAAACCGGUGUUGCUGUAUAACAAACGAAAGUUACGGAUUUUUGGUGGUGCAAACGCCUCAUCGUGCCCCUUGCGAUAACUCGUCCGAUGCUGCGAAGAACCACAUAUUAAAACUCUCAUUACUCAGUAACCUCUUUACUGAUAGACUGACAUGUCAAUCCUUCCCUGACGUUUCAGUUCAACGCCUGUGUUAUCAGUGAAAUAGUGAUUUUGUGCAUCAAAAUCAAACAGUGCAUUAAAUAAACUAUGAGGAUAGUAUCUUUAGAAAGAUAGAAACCUUUUUUAAUUUCUCGCGUUUUUUUUUAAGUGAAGUAAUGGCGUCUUGGAAGUCAUGUAUAGGGCUGUGGACAGUGUGUGUCGGUUUGUGCCUUUUGGGGAAAAUCUCGGGGUUGGACAAUGGACUGGCGCUCACGCCACCUAUGGGCUGGCUCGCGUGGGAACGAUUCAGGUGUAAUACAGACUGUAAAAAUGAUCCGGACAAUUGUAUUAGUGACCGAUUGUUCCGCACGAUGACGGAUAUCCUCGUGUCGGAGGGAUACGCGGCGGUUGGAUACGAGUAUGUGAACGUGGACGAUUGCUGGCCGGAGCGGGAGCGCGACCCCCGCGGCCGCCUCGUGCCCGACCGGGAACGGUUCCCGUACGGCAUGAAGAGUCUCGCCGAUUAUGUGCACAGCAAGGGACUAAAAUUCGGGAUCUACGAAGAUUACGGCAACUUCACCUGUGCAGGCUAUCCAGGCGUGGUGGGACAUCUUGCUGGUGAUGCCGCAACAUUCGCAUCAUGGGGCGUGGACUACGUGAAGUUGGAUGGAUGCUAUGCUCUCCCCGCAGAUAUGGACCAAGGGUACCCAGACUUCGGGCGUCACCUAAACAGCACCGGGAGACAGAUGGUGUAUUCAUGCAGUUGGCCGGUGUACCAGAUAUACGCAGGCAUACAACCGAAUUUCUCGUCCAUAAUCGAGCACUGCAACCUGUGGCGUAACUUUGAUGACAUCCAGGACUCGUGGGCCUCCGUCGAGUCUAUAAUAGACUAUUACGGAAAUCACCAGGACGUCAUCGUGCCGAACGCUGGACCAGGACAUUGGAAUGAUCCCGAUAUGUUAAUAAUUGGAAACUUUGGAUUGUCGUACGAACAAAGUAAAACCCAGUUCGCUAUUUGGGCAAUACUAGCUGCACCGCUGCUAAUGAGCGUGGACUUGAGAACUAUCAGGCCGGAGUACAAGGCUAUCCUACAGAACAGGAAGAUUAUUGAGGUGGACCAAGAUCCUCUUGGAAUCCAGGGCAGGAGGAUAUACAAGCACCGCGGUAUCGAGAUCUGGUCUCGUCCAAUUCUUCCAAUCCAGGGCCAGUACUACUCGUACGCUGUCGCUUUCGUGAACAGACGGACGGAUGGAACGCCCUCAGACGUCGCGGUUACAUUGCGGGAACUGGGUCUAAAUAACCCAGCUGGAUAUAGAGUGGAGGACUUGUACGAGGAUGUCGACUACGGCGUGCUCUCUCCCCAGACCAAGAUCAAAGUGAAAGUGAACCCCUCAGGUAGUGUGGUGAUACUGCGUGCGGAUGCACAGCCUUCCUACGCGUACAACUCUAUACCAACGCGGACACCGUAUGCCCCACUUAAUGAUGUGUUUAGAUUGAGCAAAAAAUAGUGAUAGCCCUAAUAUUUGCCCUCGGAAUUUCCAUCAACAUAAAGGUCAGCGUAGACGAUGGACAUUUUGUUUACAAACAAAGUAUCGCGUUGUGUAAGUCGUGUUCAUGUGUGUUGCAUAAUGCAAUGUUUUAGGGGCUUUAUUAUAACCAAACUAUAAUGCCUCUUGUCGGAAAUUUUGUUCGCAAACAAAAUGUCGUUUGUCUGUACGCGUUAUAAAUAACGACUAUCAUCGGGGCAGUGAAAUAAAAAAAGUCAAUUUUUAAUAGAAUCUACAAGUACAAUAAAUCAGUUUAAAUCCUCUACGACUCUAUUCAAUUCAUACUCUUUGUUAUUGGUGUAAAAUAUAGUUACCAAGCGAUAUAUUUCCCAGUCUUGCCCUUAGGUUACAAUUUAUUUAUGUUGCAUUCUCUCUAGUGUGAUCAAGAAAUGUUUAAGAAAAUGUGUGGAGAUUUGUUUUUUGCCAUUACGUUGUACCUAGGAUAAGGAUGUACAUUUUAGAUGCCUAUAAAUGUAAGUUUUGUAGAAAACAUUAAAUAAUUAACACUUUCAA